GUGGUGAUGCCAAACAGACAUGUGGCAUGCACAGUUGCUAGUUUCUAGCAGUUGAUGGCCUCCAUGAGAGGCACAUGGAAGUUCUGCGGUUGCAUUGUUUAGCUCGUUCUUGCAUGAGUAUAAAAAUUCGGAUUUCCUUGCCCCCAAACCUUAAGCAAUGAGAUCUCUCUUGAAAUCUCAGUAUCCACUGUUUAUUCUUUCUUCCAAAAUGUACUCCACCUUUGAAGAAACCCAAAUCAAGAUCCAGUUGUGGGACCGGGACACACGAGCUUCAGAUUUCUUCUCUCUCUAUUUGAACCUGAAAGGACAUUUCAGACAGCCCAGCUCCUACAUAUUCAGAACCUGCAUGUAGCCUGAGUUCCUGGCCUCCUGGAAGAAAAGAAGAGUUUGUUGCAUUCAGCUCCUCUUCAUGUGCAAACAGGUAAAAUUCUCAGCGGUCAGUCGGCAGGCCAAGAGCUUGAGUGAACCGAGAAUUCAAACCCGGGCGCUAGAACCACCGGGAAUCUCGAACUGAACCGCUCGAUCGGGGCCUCGAUCCGAGAUAUCGUUGUUCGGUGGUGGACGGCGGCGCUCGGAUCGCGAGCCAUGUGCUCACGUUGUCCGACGAGGAGGCUUUGACAGUAUCCGAGAGCAAGGCAAGGUAGUUGCUAACCAACUUCUGAUCACGACCGGUCAAACCCACGCAAAGAUGGCAGCUUCUGCUUCCCAAAUGGCAUCCCAAGCGCUUGGCGCUGACCUGAGCACCUAUAAAAGGAGACGCCCGCCAUGGUUCUUCUUCCACAGCUGCAUUGGAAAUCUCAAAUCUCUUCUCCCAGCACAAUUGUACACCGUAGAACAGAACAGAACAGAACAGCCAAGGCCUCUGCGUAUUUCUUUCAGUUCUUGUAGUGUUCUUUUUGACUUCGAUCGGCAAGGAAGGAUCAAUGGCGAAGCGGCUGGCGCGCAAGCGGAGCUUCAGGCUCGGGCUGCCGCUGUUCUGCGGCCAGUCCGACGUGGCGAGCCCAGCCGCCGCCGCGGCCCGGUCGUCUUCUUCGUCUUCGUCCGGCACCGGCGGAAGCAGGAAGUCGGAGCUGCGGAGGAUAUUCCAGCACUUCGACAGGGACAACGACGGGAAGAUCUCCGGCGCCGAGCUGAGCGCCUUCUUCGCGUCCAUGGGCGACGCCGACCUGCCGCUGCCGCCAUCAUCGGGAGGCGGCGGCGGCGGCUACCUGCUGGACUUCGCCGGGUUCGUGGAGCUCAUGGAGGGCAGCCAUGACGAGGACCUGAGGAGGGCGUUCGAGGUGUUCAACGCCGUGGAGCCCGCGGGCGGCCGGAUCACGGCCAGGGGCCUGCGGCGGGUGCUCGCGCAGCUCGGCGACGAGCGGUCCGUUGCCGACUGCGAGGCCAUGAUUCGGGCCUACGACGUCGACGGCGAUGGCGGGCUCGACUUCCAUGAGUUCCAGAGGAUGAUGAGCUAGCCUGCUAGAUGAAGCUGGCCACACCGACAACGAUGGUUCUUGUUCAUAACUCUGUCUGCAUCCAGAUGAGACCACGCAGAUAAUGUCCCAAAUCUGCUGUAGUCUCGUCCUGUGUUGUUUGGUGUCUGGGAACUGACACCGGUGUAUCAGUGAAGUUACAGUUGAUUUCCAUUUAUUUUUUCUUUCUUACCAGUAGUUUGUUUUAGAACUGUGAUACUUCCAGAGCUUCAUCUCUGCAAAAUGGCUGAAAAGGAAUGAGACGGAACAAGUUUCAUCAA